GAAGUAAUAUGGGGUAUAACGAGUCAGCGUUGAUCAAGUUGUUCUAAUCUUAAUCUUUAAUGUGGGGGAACUUUUUCGAAACUCCUUCCUCCCUAAUUUUCUCUCUGAGUAGUAUAUAUAUUCAUUCCUUUUCCUGUCGACUGAUUUGAGUAUUGUGUAUAUAAAUAAAAAUAAAAAUAAAAAAAAUAAAAACAAAAUGUCAACAUAAUAAUAGAAGCUAAACCAAUAAGCAAUAACCAUACAUACCAAACACAGCUAUCUAGUACCUCAGUACCUGCUGCACUUAAUUUCUUCAUCAUUAUAAACAUUAGUUUUAUUAUUAUAUUGAAUCGGAAGAAAAUCAAUUAAACAGUAAACGAUGCUUUUGUCGCGGGCGGCGGAGAUUGGGGUGGUGGUGGUGGUGAUGGUCGUAAUGAUAUUAUUUCCCACCGCUUCCGCGGCCGUGGAAGAAAAGGCGCAACAGCAGUACUACAAGAACGCGUAUGCAACGAUGAUGUACAUGGGAACACCUAGAGACUAUGAGUUCUAUAUUGCAACCCGUGUGAUGAUGAGAUCUCUAAUUCGACUUCAUGUUCAAGCUGAUCUUGUUGUUAUUGCGUCCAUUGACGUUCCUCUUCAUUGGGUCCGAUCAAUGGAAGAAGAUGGACUAAAGGUAGUAAGAGUAGAGAAUGUAUAUAACCCUUACAAGGCUAACAACUCUAACGAUAGAUUCAAAUUAACGAUGAACAAGCUCUACGCGUGGAACUUGGUGAACUAUGAAAGGGUAAUCAUGCUUGAUGCAGACAAUCUUUUCCUUCAAAAUACCGAUGAAUUGUUUCAAUGUGGUCAGUUUUGUGCAUCCUUCAUCAACCCCUGCAUCUUCCACACCGGCCUCUUCGUCUUACAGCCAUCAGAAAAAGUUUUCAAAGACAUGCUUCAUCAACUUGACAUUAAAAGGCCAAACUCAGAUGGGGCAGAUCAAGGAUUUCUGGGUAGCUAUUUCUCAAACUUGCUUGAUAUGCCUAUGUUUCAUCCACCACCCAAUGCCACCAAACUCGACGGCCAUUAUAGGCUUCCUUUGGGAUAUCAAAUGGAUGCUUCUUAUUAUUACUUGAAACUUCGUUGGAAUGUACCUUGUGGACCAAACAGUGUGAUAACUUUCCCUGGAGCAGUUUGGAUGAAGCCAUGGUAUUGGUGGUCAUGGCCUGUUCUUCCUCUUGGUUUUUCAUGGCACGAACAACGUCGCAACACCCUAGGGUAUGGGGCAGAGAUGCCUAUGGCGAUACUGGAGGCAAUUCUUUACUUGGGAAUCAUAGUUAUUACACGUUUAGCUCGACCAAACUUCUCAAAGCUCUGCUAUCGUCGUUUUGACAAGAGUGUGACAGCAUACCACGCGGGUCUAAAAUUUCUAGCCAUGGCAUCAAUUGUCGCGGCCUAUGUUGUACCCUUCAUUAUAAUCCCUCACACCAUUCACCCAAUAGUAGGGUGGAGUCUUUAUUUGUUAGGCUCCUUUUCUCUUUGCUCGAUUGCAAUCAACGCGUUUCUCUUGCCAAUGCUAGCCGUGGUGACACCGUGUAUCGGCAUAUUUGGGACUCUAUUAGUCAUGGCAUACCCUUGGUACAAGGAUGGGGUUGUGAGGGCACUUUUCGUGUUUGCUUAUGCCUUUUGUGCUUCUCCUCUUUUGUGGGUUUCUUUCACUAAAGUUCAUGCAACUCUUCAAGUCUCUUUGGAAAGAGAAGCAUUCUUGCCUAGUAGAUUGAAUGAGUCUCCGUCGCCUCCCGGGUUUAACAAGCUUUACUGAUUGAAUGGAUCGAUAUGACACGAAACCAACCAACCCGUCAUUUGGGUUAGUUCUCAUCAAAGGACAUAUAUUUCUAGAUUUUCAUUCACAUAUGAAAAUACUUGGGGAAAUAUACGAAGGAGAUUUUGGGUUAGAAACUUUGUCUACCGUCAAUCAUGCUUGCGUUACAUAAUACAUUGUUGAUUGUACGAGUGAAAUGAAAAGGCAAAGGUGGGUGAAUUCUUUUAUAAAUUGAAUUAGCUAGAGAUAGAACGAAAGGAAAUUUUGUGUGUAUGGAGAAACAAAAGGAAGUUGUAUGUUUAUAUAUACUGUACAAAAUACCAUCUUAUAUCAUCAACUUGAUGCAUAUCUAUUGUUAAUAGUGAUCAUAAUUGAUGCUUCACACUUGAUUAAAA